UCCCCAGGCUCAGGGCCGCGCGGCCAGCCCCGAAGCGCCGGGGGUCCCCGAGGUGGGGCCGGCCCGGCCGGGGCGCGACGAUGGAGGAGUCGCAGCGCGCUCGCUCGCACACCGUCACCACCACCGCCAGCUCCUUCGCGGAGAACUUCUCCACCACCAGCAGCAGCUUCGCCUACGACCGCGAGUUCCUCCGCACCCUGCCCGGACUCCUCAUCGUGGCGGAGAUCGUUCUGGGACUGCUGGUAUGGACACUGAUCGCUGGAACUGAGUACUUCCGGGUCCCUGCGUUUGGCUGGGUCAUGUUUGUAGCUGUGUUUUACUGGGUACUCACCGUCUUCUUCCUCAUCAUCUACAUAACGAUGACCUACACCAGGAUUCCCCAGGUGCCCUGGACCACGGUGGGUCUGUGCUUUAAUGGCAGUGCCUUCGUCUUAUACCUCUCAGCCGCUAUUGUGGAUGCGUCUUCUGUCUCCCCGGAGAGGGACAGUCACAACUUCAACAGCUGGGCAGCCUCGUCGUUCUUCGCCUUCCUGGUCACCAUCUGCUAUGCUGGAAACACAUAUUUCAGUUUUAUAGCUUGGAGAUCCAGGACCAUACAGUGAUUCACCAUUUUGAGAAUUAAAAGGGAAAAAAAAAAAGGAAGAAUCUCACUGUAAAAACAGCUGUAGGUAUAAUGUAUAUUUCCAGAGAAUUGUAUUUAACUAAUGUUUUUAUAUACUUAGUUAAAUUUGCUCACCAGUGGUUUGUUACAAUUAAACUGGAUACUUCUUUGCAAAGUGCUGUAGCUUA